UUGAAAACGGUUGAUGAGUGAAUCCCAACGAGGAAGAGCCAGCUCAAACAAAACCUCCAUUGACGAGGUCCUCUCAGCCCCUUCGCUGAAAGUUGGAGCAUUUCUCUCUCCCAUUUGUCCACUUUCACUCGUCACUCUUCCCACUCCGUCUCUUCCCUCGUUGCCCAGUGUAGCCCUCUUCUCUUUGGACCUUUCUCUAUUCUGCAGUCUUUUAUAUCAAUAUAUAUGGCGCCCUUUUAUCGCCUACAAUGCCCAUUCUUCCACCCUCGUCACACAUUUCUUGCAUCGUUUCUCGAAACCCCUCGUCCCGGAUUUUCGAGUACGAAGGGAAUUUCCGCUGUUGGGAUUUUGGGGUUGCGGAUUUUUAUGCCCUCUAGGUGUUUGAUGAAAUUCCCACUCCAAGGCACACCCACGUGGGGGUUGAUUCUUCUUCAAUAUUUCUGGUUCCUUCGAGUUCAGGCUGCAGGGCUGAUACUCCAACCCGCGUACGACGCCUCAUCUUUGUGCAGUGGAAAUUAUUCAGAGUUAAUGGCUUCAUCUCUGGAGGAGCUUCUUGCUGAAGAAGGGUUUAGAGGAAGAAGACCGAUGAGGAAGUCUAAAGGGUCCAUCAAAUCAUAUGCCACAAUCACUUCUAACGAUCAUUCCCAAGAAACAGGAAACUCAGAUUCUGAUUUGGACGGUCAACUUAGAAAUGCUAUGAGGCCUUCUCUAUUCCGGCGAAGCUCUAGUGGAGAUUUUCGAUCAAGAGGUAUAAUCAAGAAUCUGACAGAAGGGGACAAUUUUACAAACAGAGAAAAAAUAGAUAAAAAGUCAAGUAGAGAAUAUGUGGAGAGACUUUAUGGAAAAGGACACGGUGAUGUAAUAGAACGAAAGCCAUGUCUUAUAAAUUCCUCCAGGGAUAAACCAAAAAGAGGCGAUAAUAUAAUUUUGGAGGAAGAAAGUGAGAGCUUCAAGGACAUAUAUUCAAAUGAAGUGCAUAUCCGACAUGGAGUAAAAGGUGAAGCCAGAGAAAAGGAGCAACAAAAAGAGAGGUGGUCAGGGAAUAACAUAGAUGUGGAGAAAAGGCAAGGAAACAGUUUGAAGAAAAAUCUAUUUGCGGGUAUAAAUUUUCAUCAUAGUUGUAAGGCAGCUGUGAAGUUGCCAGAGAGAUCUUAUGAUAAAUCUGUCAGUGCAUGCAAUAGGAAAAGCUUUGAACAUAAUCAGAGUCGAAUGCAAGACAGUAACGUAGAGUCAGUUUCUAUACCUACUUUAGAUGUAGUUGCUGUCCGAGCCGUGGUUUCUAUCAUCAAUGGAUAUCUUAAACAUUUUCUCAAAGACAAGGAUUUCCGCUUGACGCUUCGGCACAAUAGUUCCACUUUACUAAAUUUUAUUGGAGUUGGAGGACGCAACACCUCCAAAGUUGUUGCCAACCUUGAACAAGCAAUUGACGUAGUAGAAAAAGCAGCUGAAGGAUUGUCAACUGAAAAGGAUUUAAAGAAAGCAUUAUUGCUGCUAAGCAUGAUGACGGGUCUGAGUACAGAUGCUCUAAAAGAUGGCUUCAAAUAUGGAAUUUCUAAUACAAAACUGUCUGCCUGUGCCCAUCUCUAUCUGAGUAUAAUAUUCAAGAUACAAAAGAAAGAAAAUAGUUCAGCCAAGCAUAUUUUGCAAGUAUUUUGCGAUCUGCCUUUUCAGGCUAGAAUCAUAUUGUUUCCAGAACUAUGGGAUGAUCUAUUUCUUCCACAUCUAACGAAUAUAAAAUCCUGGUAUGACCAUGAAGCUGAUAAAUUAGUUGAUACCCCAAGCCAGUCAAGCAACCAGAAACUUCUUGAUAAAGUGUUUAAUGAAACCCUGGAUUCUGGUACUCGAAAAUUUGCAGUUUACUACAAGGAUUGGCUCACAGGAAUUGAAGCUCCUGCCCCGUCCAUUGCAGUCCCAGCCUUAUCUUUUGAGGGAGUUAAUCAGGAAAGUCCUAAUAAUUCAACUGCAAAGAAACUUCCUAAUGAUUUUGUCUCACCUCAUCUGAUGGUUAGUAAAAAACUAUAUGAUGCUAUGUUUGCCACCACAAAGAAUCCUGGAGCUCCAGAUACUGAAAGUGAAUGGGAAUCAGAGAACCCUGAAAAUUGUGUCAGAAGCUCUAAUAGUUCCAAUGUUUCAAAACAUACACAGGUAUACUACUCUGACACAGUUAAAGAUAUAGAUCACGAUACUGAUGAGGAUUCUACAGGAAGCACGACAGAUAACACAUCCUCUUUUGAAAAUUGUAAAGCACAAAAAUGGAAGAUGUAUAAUGUCAAUAUUCUACUAGAAAUGGACGAUAGUGAUGAAUUCUGCAGUUCUGUGACAUGGAAAAAGAAUGACAUAGACUUUGAAGUGCUGCAUGCUCAGCCACAUACAAAAGAAAACGACCAUGGUCUACAAAAGCUUGCACAACCCAACUUUGAAGUACAACACGCAGAUGCUUCUGAAGAUCUCAGAUCAUUCGAUCCUUCAAAUUUCAGCCAUGCAUCAUUUUCUUCUCAUCCUAUCAAGGUUAAGCCCUCUUUAAGAGAGCCAAAUGAUAGUUAUGAGUACUUUGAUGAAAGAUACUGUUUCUUGAGCAUUCCUAAGGGCUUGUAACUAGACAGUUUGAAGAUCCUGUGAUCAUGGAGACUGGUGAAAGUUUUGAGAAGCCGGCCAUCAAGGCGUGGCUUGAUCAAGGACACAGAACUUGUCCCAUUACAGGAAAGAAGUUGGAAGUUUUAGUAGAGUCUCGUACUAAUUUUGUUUCCAAACGAACCUAAGCUUAGCUCAACUGAUUAAGACACCUAUCUCCAACUUAAAUGUUGUGAGUUCAAAAUUUCCACUCCACAUGUUGUAUUAAAAAAUUCUAAUGUAUAUGAAAGGAAGUUAUUGAUAAAUCAUAAAUGCCCUUGAUGUUAGCUUAA